AUGCGUCUCUUAAAACGAAGGAACGAUGACGAAUUCAGCUUGACCGAGUUCUAUAAUGAUGACAUUCCUCCCUAUGCUAUACUCUCGCAUACGUGGGGAAUGGAUGGCGAGGAGGUCACCUUCAAAGACCUAGCAGAGGAUACUGGCAAGAACAAGGUUGGCUAUAGCAAGAUCCGCUUUUGCGGAAAACAAGCUGCCAGCGAUGGGUUACAAUACUUUUGGGUAGACACUUGUUGCAUUGAUAAAGCGAGUAGCGCCGAGCUCACUGAGGCCAUCAACUCCAUGUUUCGCUGGUACGGUAGAGCAGCAGAGUGCUACGUAUACCUCUCUGACGUCUUGACGCAUGGUGAUGAUACAAAUCGCUUGUACCAGCUCCCAUCGAGCGCAGCCUUUCUGAAAAGCAAAUGGUUUACUCGGGGCUGGACGCUACAAGAACUCCUUGCUCCAGCAUCAGUGCAGUUCUUCUCACAAGAGGGCAAGCGACUUGGCGAUAAGACAUCGCUGAAGAAACAGAUUCAUGAAGCAACAGGGAUUGCUAUCCAAGCACUUCAAGGAAGCCCUCUAUCUUGCUUUAGCGUUGCAGAGCGAUUAUUAUGGGCAAGUCAACGCGAAACUAAACGCGAAGAAGAUGCGGCAUAUUCUCUUCUCGGCAUUUUUGGUGUCCACUUACCGCCCAUGUAUGGCGAGAGGAAAGAGAACGCAUUUAGUCGUCUCCUAGACGAGAUCGAUAAACCUGUAAAGCCCGUAUCGUUAAAUCGAACAUCGGCGCCUUCCAGGAUCGGCCUUUCCGUGCUUAUUGAUCCGGGCCAACCUGCUCUGGACAUUGUAUUUGUCCAUGGUUUCACCGGUCACCCCGAAUAUACAUGGAGUGAGAAACAAGAAGUUGGCCGUAGACAGAAUGAGCAUAACGAUAAUGAUGGUGAACGCCUAUCCAAAAGACAGAAACUUCUAUCAUCCGCCGCGUCUCCUGAAACAGAACACGGAGUUUAUAACCCAAUUUAUUGGCCGCGAGAUCUUCUUCCUAUCGCUGUCCCGAAUGCGCGUGUCCUCACGUAUGGCUACGAUACAAGUUCGAUUCGUUCUAGCGAUUAUUCUAUAGGGAAGAGCACAGUCCAGGACAUCGCAUGGGAUUUUCUUACCGGAUUGGAAACAGCACGCCGUGUCCAGUCGUUGAGGCCGCUAAUACUUGUCGCCCAUAGCCUCGGCGGCAUAGUUGUAAUGGAGGCGCUGCGAAGAUCCAGUGGCUGCAAAACACGCCAGAGUCAUCUUCAUAGUAUCUACGAGAAUACCUCUGGCAUAAUUUUCUUCGGGACCCCUCAUGGUGGCCCAAAUCCUCGCGAAUUGAUUCAGCAUACCAUCGAACGGGUCAUCAGAGUCGAUAAUUUCAAGGUUAAUGAUCACAUUAUUGAUACCUUCUUGCUCUAUGUGGAACAGCUUAAGGACUGGGAUGAGAGGUUUGGCUCAAUAGCCCGUGAUAGGUGUUGGACUAUAAUCUCCUUUCAAGAACAACACGGAGACAUUGCCAUUAGUGAUAAAAAGGUUGUUGAAGAUACCAUUUCUCGUUUAAACGAUCCGACAAUCGAACUUGCUCAAUUCAUUGCCAGCAAUCACAUGGAAAUGUGUCGAUUUAGCGGACACGACGAUGCCGAGUACAGAAAAGUUGUCGCAGCUAUCAAUAGGAUCAUAAAAGCUACCACAGAGUCAGCAUAUUCCAGUGAAAUUGCGCCUACCGAUACAAAUCAACGACAGAAGUUUCUAGAUCGCUUAAAGUUUGAUCAAAUUAAUUCUCGACACGCAACAAUCAAGAACGCUCACGCAAAAACAUGCAAAUGGCUACUCAGCACAUCCCAGUACAAAGAAUGGCUUGACGACAGCAAGAUAUCCGAGCAUCAUGGCUUUUUAUGGAUGAAAGGAAAGCCCGGGACUGGAAAGUCGACAUUGAUGAAAUUUGCAUAUGCAAAUGCUAAGAAAGCCAUGGCAGAUACCAUCGUUAUCUCAUUCUUCUUCAAUGCAAGAGGUGAAGACUUAGAGAAGUCCGCGUUAGGCAUGUAUCGAUCCUUGUUGUUUCAACUCCUAGAAAAGCUUCCAGAUAUUCAAGAUCCGCUUAUAACACAUGGGUCAAGCGUGCCCAAUGACUUUGAUCAGGAUAUCGAGACUGUCAAAAAUCUUUUCAGCCGCGCGAUAGAGUGCCUCGGACGACGCCGCCUGACUUGCUUUAUCGACGCUCUAGAUGAGUGCAAAGAGGAUCAAGCACGAGAUAUGGUAGCCUUCUUCGAAAGCCUUGCACAAUUUGCGGUUUCAUCUCAAAUCCAAUUGCAUAUCUGUCUCUCAAGUCGCUAUUACCCCUACAUUACAAUCGAAAAAGGUGUCUCCCUUGACCUAGGAGACCAGGACGGCCACUCGCAAGAUAUCGCCAAUUAUUUGCAUAGCGAACUGAAGGCUGGACGCAGCAAGGUGAUGGAGAAAAUCCGGGACGAAAUGCUUGAGAGAGCCUCUGGAGUUUUCCUAUGGGUUGUCCUCGUUAUUCCAAUGCUGAAUAAAGAGUUUGAUCGUGGCCGCAUCCAUGCGCUUCAAAAGCGGCUUAAGGAAAUCCCGGACGACUUGGAUGCGCUGUUCCAAGACAUUUUGACCAGAGACAAUGAGAAUGUCGAAGACCUGGUUCUGUGUCUCCAGUGGAUAUUGUAUUCUAAACGACCCAUGAAACUUGAGGAAUUGUAUUUUGCUAUUUUAGCUGGAGUUGCGGCUGAUGAAUUGGCUGCAUGGAACCCUGAUAAUAUCACCGAGGAUAUCAUGCAAAAAUAUAUACUUAGUGCGUCUAAGGGACUCGCAGAAAUGACCAAAUCCAAGCAUCGAACAGUGCAAUUUAUUCAUGAAUCCGUUCGAGACUUUCUUCUGAAAGGAAACGGACUCAACAGUCUUCGGUCUCACCUCGACAGCAACUUUCCAGGGUCUAGUCAUGAGCGGCUAAAGGAGUGCUGUCAAACCUACGCAAGGAUUGAUACCUCGGAAUAUCUGCCAUCUAACACGCCACUGCCAACUGCAUCUUCUGGGGAGGCUGCGAGUCUCCGGAAAUUAGUAUCUGAAAAGUUUCCGUUCUUGGAAUAUGCAGUACAGAACGUGCUUCAACAUGCCGAUACUGCAGAUGAGUACGAGAUCCCCCAAACUCGUUUUGUAGAGGAUUUUUUUCUUAGCGAUUGGAUCCAUUUGGACAACCUCUUUGAGAAAUAUGAAAUACGGCGACGUACACCUCACUGUAGCCUGUUAUAUAUUCUCUCAGAGAAAAACCUACCGCACCUUAUCCGGAUUGAGCUUGAUCGAGUUCAGCAAUUGGAUAUAAAAGGAGAACGGUACAGCUUCCCGUUAAAUGUGGCCCUAGCUUAUAAAAACGAAGUUGCUUUAAGAGUACUUUUGUUACCAGAUACUAGUGCCUGGUCAAUUGCAAUGGUGCCUCUUAACCGCUCUUCCUCUACAACCACAGAGUAUCAAGAAUCUAUUAAAUCCCUUCUCCAAAUGGGAAAUGGGAUUAAUUUUCAAAAAGUCAGAAGUAUACUCUCGUGGGCCGCGGAGGGAGGAUACGAGGCCGUGGUUAGACUGCUGCUCCAGACAGGCAAGGUCGACGUCGAUUCAAAGGAUAAAACCUAUGGUCGAACGCCGCUCUUAUGGGCCGCAGCGGGAGGAUAUGAGGCCGUGGUUAGACUGCUGCUCCAGACAGGCAAGGUCGACAUCGAUUCAAAGGAUGACUCUAGUCGAACGCCGCUCUCAAGGGCCGCAGCGGGAGGACACG